AUGAGCAGCAGGCUGGCGAGUGCCCUUGUCCAGCAUAUCAAGCGCAUCCCCCGCACCACCGUGCUGCUCGAUAACAAGGUCGACUUGCCGUUUCGUAUCAAGUACUCCGUUCAAAGAGGCAUAGCCACCAGAGAAUUUUCUGGGAGCGUAGCGCAUCGACAAACAAUGGCUAGCAACGAGCAUGGUGCCUGGAUCGGCGCCCAAGGCGCGGGAUCGCUCGACCUCCGCAGCGAUGUCAUGACGGUGCCCACGCCGGCGAUGCUGGCGGCCGUGGCCAACUGCUCGCUGCGGGACGACGUCUUCCACGAGGACCCCACGACGCGCGACCUCGAGGCGCACGUCGCCCAGCUCGCCGGCAAAGAGGCCGCGCUCUUUGUCACCUCGGGCACCAUGGGCAACCAGGUCGCCCUCCGCAGCCUGCUCACGCAGCCUCCUUUCGGCGUGCUGGCGGACCACCGCUCGCAUAUUAUCCUCUACGAAGCCGGCGGAGUAUCAUCGCUCACCGGCGCCACCGUCAAGCCCGUCGUGCCGAAAAACGGCAUCCACCUCACCCUCGAGGACGUGACGGCCCAUGCCAUCCUGAGCACCGACGUGCACGCGUGCCCCACGCGCGUCAUCAGCCUCGAGAACACGCUCAACGGCAUGAUUAUGCCGCUGUCCGAGAUGACGCGCAUCGCGGCCUUUGCCCGCGCCCACGACAUUCGCGUGCACUGCGACGGGGCGCGGCUGUGGGAGGCGGCGGCGGCCGGCGCGGGCACGCUCGCGCAGCUGUGCGCGCCGUUUGACACGGUGAGCUUGUGCUUCUCCAAGGGCCUCGGGGCGCCGGUCGGCAGCGUCGUGGUGGGCGACGCGGCGACGCUGCGGCACGCGCGAUGGGUGCGCAAGUCGCUCGGCGGCGGCAUGCGGCAGCCGGGCUUCAUCGCGGCGGCGGCACGUGUGGCUGUCGACGAGACGUUUAGCGCCGGGCUGCUGACGGCGUCGCACGAGACGGCCAAGAAGGUCGAGGCAGCGUGGACGGGCCGCGGCGGCCGGCUGGUGCACCCCGUGCACACCAACAUGUGCUGGAUCGACGUCGAGGCGCACGGGCUCACGACCGAGGCGUUUACCGGCAUGUGCGCCGACGAGGGGCUCGUCGUCUCGGGGGGGCGGCUGGUGACGCACUACCAGAUUGCGCAGAACGAGGCCGUGGUGCUGCCCAAGCUGGAGAAGGUGUUUGAGAGGAUCCUGGGUGGUGCGUGA